GCGCCUCCCGGAGCCGGGUAGGCCAAACGGUUGGGCAGUGCGGAGUGCCGCUGCUUCCGCCCACGCGGUGUGCGCAGGCAAGGCCAGACGCCCACUCGCCAUGUCAGUCGCGGAGGCGGGGGGUGCUUUCCACAGAGCCCGGGGCAGGACCCUGGACGCGUUUCCCGCAGAAAAGGAAAGGGAAUGGAAGGGUCCAUUCUACUUCAUCCAAGGUGCAGACCCACAGUUUGGACUGAUGAAGGCCUGGUCCACCGGGAACUGUGACAGCGGCGGUGACGAGUGGCAGCAGGAGAUCCGUCUAACCGAGCAAGCCGUGCAGGCCAUCAACAAGCUGAACCCCAAACCCAGGUUCUUCGUUCUGUGCGGCGACCUCAUCCACGCCAUGCCAGGGACACCCUGGCGGAAGGAGCAGACGGAGGACCUGCAGCGGGUGCUCGGGGCGGUCGACCGGGAGAUCCCCCUGGUUCUCGUCAGCGGUAACCACGAUGUGGGCAACGUCCCCACAGCCGAGACCGUCGAGGAGUUCUGCCAGACGUGGGGGGACGACUACUUCAGCUUCUGGGUCGGGGGCGUCCUCUUCCUGGUCCUCAACUCCCAGUUCUUGUACGACGCCUCCAGGUGCCCUGCCCUGAAGCAGGCCCAGGACCAGUGGCUGGACCAGCAGCUGAGGGUGGCGGAGCAGCGGCACUGCCAGCACGCCGUUGUCUUCCAGCACAUCCCGCUGUUCCUGCAGAGCAUCGACGAAGACGACGACUACUUCAACCUCGCCAAGGCCGUGCGGAAGGAGAUGGCAGACAAGUUCACCAAAGCAGGUGUCCGAGCCGUGUUCUCAGGCCACUACCACAGGAACGCUGGGGGCACCUACCAGAACCUGGACAUGGUGGUGUCAUCGGCCAUCGGCUGCCAGCUGGGCAAAGACACCCAUGGGCUCCGCGUCGUGGUGGUCACUGCCGAGAAGAUCGUCCACCGGUACUACAGUUUGGAUGAGCUGAGUGAGAAGGGAAUAGAAGACGAUCUGAUGGAUUUGAUGAAGAAAAAGUGAUCGCCCUUUAUGAUCGGUUCGUGUUUCACUUCCAAGGUUUUUUAUUUUGCCAGGAACAGCAGCUGCACACAACCCCUUGUUGAAAUAUAAAAGUAGACCAGGCAGGUUGGUGAAUUUAUGUCCUCCUGUAUAAAUCAGAGAUCUAGGUCCUAUCUUGAAUUAUAUUCCAAAUGGAACUGCACUCUGGAAAUAAUUUUUUUAAAUGGUACUAGACUAUCUCUGCACAGAUGUUUGAAUAAAUUCUCUUAAUGGCGUGUUUCUCAA